AAGACUAUGCCAAAUGAAUGUAUGUGCAUCCUUUUUUUUUUUCAACGACUGUAUACAUAUUAUAAAUAGACACUUUGCUGUGUUAUGAGCGCAUGGUCAGUGCAGAUACCGGAGUGAAGUGUAUAAUGCACUAAUUGGCUGUACAAAGCGUCUGCAAAGCUUACCUUUGUACGUCUGGGAAUGUACUUCAAUGGCGCUUGCUUAUAUUUAGUAAGCUAUAACAACCACAACAGCCAACAGUAAACAAGUUGGGGUGGAUAUACGUAUCUAGUACUCUGUACUCAUACUGCUGUGUAUCUUUCUCUAAGAACAUCAUUCGAUAUCUGUCAUCUACGAUAAUAUAAUAUAUAUAUAUAAAUAUCUCAAGAAGCACGCCAAAAUGGAUUACAAUGCCUUGAUGAAGAAGGCACAGAAGCAGACCAACCGGAGCACACAGGCGGCACGGGAGAUCAAAAGUAACUUGGAACGAGAGAAGCAGAAGAAAGCUGCGGUUGCCAAGGAGAUUGCUGCUGCCGACGAGUUGAGAAGGAAAAUUGAGCUGAAGAAACUGGCGAAUGUCAAAGAACGUCAGAGACAAAAGUUAGAGGCCGAGGAGAAGGCUAAGCAAAAGGAGAGGGAGAAGCAAGCAAAGAGCAAGUCUAAGGUUGGUAGACCCCCUGCUAGUCGCAGUAGUAAUGGUAGAUCUAAUACCAACGCAUCGUCGUCUUCAGCAUCAUCUGCGCGUGGAUCGAGCACUUCUAACGGCAGAACGUCCAGUGGAGGUGGCAUUGGUAGUGGUAGUAUGGGAUCGAAGGCGAAUACAUCUAGACACUCAGCAUCUUCUUCAUCGGGGCGUGAAAGUAGUGUGGGCACCGGCGGUAGUAGGAUCAGUGGCAAUAAGAUAAGUAGGGAUAGUCAGGCAGCUCCAAAGGCGGCUUCCAAACCUCUCAGCUACGCAGAGCUUAUGGCUCAGGCGCAAGGGAAAGGAAACUCGAAGACAUCGAGUUCAAGCACAAUCCCUCGCAAGAACAGUGUGAGUGGUGGCAGUGAAAAGUCGGAAAGAGUUUUGGACAGAGGUACUGACCGAGAUAAAGAGAAGAAUAGGGAUAGAGAUAGGGGCAAAGACAGCCACAGAGGGCUGGACAAAGAGAAAGUUCGGGACAAGGAGCGUAGGAGCGAAGGCGGUAGUGCUAAUAUCAGAAAGAGUGGCUCGUCGUCUGAUCUCAAACGACCUGUGAGCUCGUCGUCUGCACAUCGCAGCGACACGCGACCAGUUUCGAAUGGUAAGAAUGAUAGUAGGCCGUCUAGCAGUCAUUCGACCGAUAGACACCGCGGCAGCGGCAGUGGCAGAAGUGGCGGUGGGGGAACGCGAGAAGUUGUUAAAAGCAGGAGUGAGGAGAAGAAACUCGAGCUCAAUUCCAUCCAAAAACAGAUUGCCGAGGCUAAACGCCAGUUGGCUGAAUUGCGCAGUAGAGAAGGCAGUCAUAAAAGUUCCUCGAGUGCAUCGGCAGAAGCAUCAUUCCGUAACGGGUCUUCCUCGUCCCGCAAUAGCACCUCGAUGUCUCGCCCCUCCGUAAGUGGGUCUGCGCAGCGCAACUCGGUUAAAAGCAGCACGUCUGUGAAGAAAGUAGAACGAGCCCCGAAGAUGACCAAGCAGGAGCUUGAGGCUAAGAAAGCCGCUGACCGUCAGAAGGCCAGAGAGGAACAGAAGCGUCGUUUGCAGGAAAAGAUGAAUGCCCAGUAUGAAUCUGAGCGAAAAUAUCGCGAGAAGAACAGUGCGCGCGUGCCAGAACAGCGGCAAGUGCGUAAGCGAAGACGCGACUCGUGGAUUGACGAUAGCGACGACGAUGAAGUGGCGGACGCUAUGGCCGAGUUGCGCAACAUGACCAACUAUUCGGCGGAUAGGUUCUAUGAGCAAGAUCGGGGGGAUGACCGGGAUAUGGAGUCUGGGUGGCAUGAUAUCCUCAAGGAGGAGUCGAAAAGCGCGCGUCUGGGUCGUAUAGAGGAUGCGGAAGAGGCACGCUUGCUGGCUCUGGAGGAGGAAGCGGAAGAGAAACGGAGGAAGAAGAAGAAAUCUAGACAUUAGUGGAGGGAGGUGAUACGCUAGUAUUGACCUUAUGUCUGUAUAGUAUAUGCGUCAUGAAAUAUACUGAUACACACAAAUGUAGAAGACUACAAUAUACACAUUCAAAUUUAAAGGAAACCAUAUAUAAAUACACA